AGGAACUCCGACAGCAGAAAUCAACCAGGAAACGAAGGCUGAUAACGCAGACAGUCCUGACUGACGGCUAAACGACCACAGGAACCAGCAGUGUUUAAAAGUACACGACUUGUAUUUCUUUUUUUUUUUUGUAUUUAGUUGAGAUACAGGGUAGCGACAUGGCUUCCCUCUUCAAGAAGAAGACUGUCGAUGACAUCAUCAAGGAACAGUCUAAGGAGCUACGAGGCACUCAGAGACAGAUCACCAGGGACAGAGCAGCGCUGGAGAAACAAGAGAAACAAAUGGAGCUGGAGAUCAAGAAAAUGGCAAAAAGCGGAAACAAAGAGGCUUGUAAGAUUCUUGCCAAGCAGUUAGUCCAGCUGAGGAAGCAGAAGAACCGGACGUACGCUGUGAGCUCCAAAGUUACGUCCAUGUCAACGCAAACAAAAGUCAUGAACUCUCAAAUGAAGAUGGCUGGUGCCAUGUCUACUACCGCCAAGACAAUGCAGGCUGUGAAUAAGAAAAUGGAUCCACAGAAGACACUGAAGACCAUGCAGGACUUCCAGAAGGAGAACAUGAAGAUGGGCAUGACCGAGGACAUGAUCAACGACACUUUAGAUGACAUUUUUGAUGAAUCUGGGGAUGAAGAAGAAUCUCAGGACAUUGUCAACCAGGUCCUGGAUGAGAUCGGUAUUGAGAUCUCAGGGAAGAUGGUCAGAGCACCAGCUGCAGGAAAGAGCAACCCCGGUGCCGCCGCUUCCUCCAAACAAGCCACCAUUUCUGACGACGAGAUCGAGAGACAACUACGAGCUCUGGGAGUGGAUUAAUCAUUGGUUUUUGUUAUUGUUCACAUUGUAAACUGGUGCAAUUCAAAGCUGGUUGAUACAGACUCUGUCAGAUGCACUGGUUUAAGAGAUGUUGAAGUGCUGAAUACACUAUUCCACAUGCAUACAGUCAAAGGCAAACAGGGAACUAAUUUUCCUCACAUUCUUAUGCAUAUUGCCUUGAAAUUCAUUGGACAUGUAUUUAUGAGAACAUAUUUAUUAUGAUAUUGGAAAGGCCACAACUUGGCCCAAAGAACUAUGUAAAUCUGACUUCAGAAGGGCUACAAAUGCAACAAAUCAGCUUUUCCAUUUAGCUGUUUUGGUCAGUCUUUAUUUAGAACUGUAAUGAAUGGUGGAUGCUCUUUCUCCAGGAAGUUUUAAUGCAAGACAUGCUAAUUAACAAGAGCUUUGGGGUUGUCGAGAAACAGAUGGAACUUGCUUUUUGUUUUUUUCCUCAGACCAUUUACCUGCUGUUUGAUUUGCUCUUGGUUCAUUUAAAUCUAUCUAACUCGCUUUCUCUGAGGCGAACCAUCUCUACUAAAACCCCCAGUGGACAAAUUUGCGUUCUUUACUAAUAGCUCAGAAAGUGUACAUGCAGGUGUUAGAAUUUCUAACCAUCAAUAAGUUCAGCUAAAUUUUAACUCAAAUUCGGACUAAAAGAAAGACUAACAAGAGUUUUGAAUCAAUUGUCUGUUGCAACAAAAUAAUCAAAUGAGGUUUUGUUUUGGCUUCUAGGUUUUUGGAUUUAAUCAGUGAUUGCAGGAAAGCACCGGUUCUGCGGUCCCGUUUCUUUCUCAGCUGCUGUGCAGUGACUUUCUUUAGGAAUUUUGAGCUGCCUCUUACAAUAUAAACUACACAUGCACACUAGAGCUACACAAUAAUGGAAGCAUUUGCUGAAAUGACACUGUGAUAUAAAAUGUUUUAUGUCGGACUUUCCAACUAAGUGAAUUUUCAAUGUCAGCAGCUUCAGGCUUUUUGAGAGAGACAGCAAUAUCUGCUCAUUCCAACAUUGCCUUUCUCUCUCUUUCAGGCCUGUGUUUUUUGCCCCAUCAGUUCCUUCUGCCAAAAUGAACUUAAAUUCAUUCUAAUGCAUGUGUAUGACAUGUUUAGCUCAAUAUACUCCAUUGAGGUUUUGCUAAUUAUUUCUUCCUGUAUCAUGUACCAGACUAAUGUAAUUGUAGACAGAAUUAUGGUCUUAAGAGAUUUUGAUGAGUGCAGUUGCCUGGGUGGGAUUUUAUUUUAUAAACGAUGCGCAUACUCAUUUUUGUUUACUUCUCUGUCAUCAUGAAUUGGCUCUGUAAAAGGUUUAUGACUUUUAUAAGGAAUAAAGUUUCCUAAGGUACGAUUCUGA